AUGCUGUUCACACCACGGGGUUCCUCAGUGUUGUUGACACAGGACACACAACAAGAGGUGGUCCGUCAAAACGACAUAGGGCAAGCAUACUUUGAUCUUCCAUUAGAAGAAAAGGGCGAUGCAGCUUAUCGACGCGACUUCGCCAACGGAAACUACUUUGUCUAUCGCGCUGCGUACGAGAAGAAGAUUAUAGGCACUGAAGUCCUCGGCAGCGUGGAGUCAGUCAAUAUCCCAAAGUUCUCGAGACGUUCGUUGGAUAUCGCUUCGAAGAUCCUCACACUUUUCUCCAUCAGUCUUGAGCUUCCAGAGGAUUACUUCUCGAAGCAACACUCGUAUGAGGACGCUUCGGAGUAUAUGAUAUAUCGCCCACGGCCCGCUGGAGAAGAUGCAAAUGUGGAGAAUGCAUGGUCUCGCGCGCACACAGACUUCGGUUCACUCACCCUCCUGUGGUCUCAGAAUGUCGCCUGGAAGUACGUACCACCUGUCGACGACGGCAUAACCCGCAACGUCGGCGACACGCUAGCUUUCUGGUUUGCCGGAUACCUGAAGUUAAGUCAGACCAUCCACCGAGUUAUCAGACCGCCAGAAGAUCGAACGCACAUCAACCGCUUAUACCUGUUUUACUUUGUAAUACCGGGCAAUAAUGUUGCUAUCAAGCCGGCACCAUUGCCGUUGCUGAAGCGCUUGGGCCUUGUGGCUGAGGAUCAAGAGAAGCAAAGCCAGUCAGAGGGGGAAAGUUUCAAAGUUGGUAACCUGGAGAUCGAAGAUGAAGCCGCAUAG